UGCUAGAAAGAUGGCCCGUACCAAGCAAACUGCCCGUAAAUCUACCGGAGGAAAAGCUCCCCGUAAACAGCUCGCCACCAAGGCAGCACGUAAGAGUGCCCCAGCAACUGGUGGAGUCAAGAAGCCUCAUCGUUACAGGCCCGGUACCGUCGCUCUUCGUGAGAUCCGUCGUUACCAGAAAUCAACUGAGUUGUUAAUCCGCAAGCUGCCCUUUCAGCGUCUGGUCCGUGAGAUCGCUCAGGACUUCAAGACGGAUCUCCGAUUCCAGAGUUCAGCUGUGAUGGCCCUUCAGGAGGCUAGCGAAGCUUAUUUGGUCGGUCUGUUUGAAGACACCAACUUGUGCGCCAUUCACGCCAAGAGAGUCACCAUCAUGCCCAAGGACAUUCAGCUUGCCCGCCGAAUCCGUGGCGAGAGAGCUUAAGUGACUUCUCCUAGUCCAACAAAACAAACGGCUCUUUUAGGAGCCAUUACAUGCUAAUAAAGUCAAUGAUAUAUGCUUGGUAUCAUAA